CUUCUCCUUCUUCUUUACACCUCCCAUUUUCAAUCCCUCUCUCUCUCUCUCUAUAAUUCUCUUCACAUGUUAAAUUUUUCCUCCUGCAAUUUUCCGUAACCACAUCUCUCUUUCUCUAUAGAUACUAUGUGUCAGACAGAGUACAUAACUAAAUUUUUCUGAGCAAGAGGCCCCUUUCUGUCAGAAACAAAAUCUCUUAUUUCAAUUCUUCUUCUUGUUUGUCUCUUGAUGAUCAGAUCCUUUAAAAAAGAAAAAAUUUAAGUCCAUAGUUAGGAAUUAUUGUAUUUUUAUAUAUUAUAUAUAGAUAGAUAGAUCCAUCUGCAUCAUCAUUAUCAAAUUCCCAACUACUCAAAACCCUAAUUUCAAAUUUUGUUUUAGUGAUUUUCAUAUUUGGUUCCAUGAAUCCUCGCCAACAAUUAUCUUUAAACCCUAAUUCAAUAAAGUCUAGGUUUACUAGAGUUUUUCUCAAAUCUUUAUGCAAAAUUAACAAGCAAAGAUCUUUCGUUCCUUAUUGUCCUAAAGAAAUAUAUCAAAGAAGUAAUAGGGUUAAAAUUGCUGCUGAUAAAUCCCUAGCCUUUGCUGUUGGGUCAAGAAAAGCAUGGAGUAGGGCAUUACUUUUCAAGAUUCGAAACCGACGGAGGCAGUGGCGACACCGUACUAACUUACUGAGAAGAAUAAAAGAAAGAAAAGAUAAGAGUUGUUUAAGCAGUGAUGUGAAUGAUGCAGGGUUUGAUCUAGUAAGGAAGCUAAGAAAGCUGGUGCCCGGCGGUGAAGCUAUGGAGUUAAGCAAAUUGUUGGAAGAGGCUGCACAUUAUGUAAAGUGCCUUAAAACACAAGUACAGGUGAUGAGAAGUAUUGCUGAUAUCUGUUCUACUACGGUUUCUUGAGUUAUUAUAUGUCUCGCUCUCUAUAUAUCUAUUCUAUAUGUAAGUAUAAAGAAGAAUAGAAAUGAUAAAAGAAAAGACCAAAAAUAUGGUGAAGUACGGGUUAAAAAGAGAAAUUGAUGAGUUCUUUUAUGUGAAAAGCAUAUGUAAUAUAUGUGUUUAUGAUGAAAAUGUAAUUGAAACAUAUGAGGUUAAUGUUUAUUUGCUUGUGGAGUUUCGAAUAUAUAACAGGCGUGUUAUUAUGAUUUUGUUUUA